AUUGAUAUUUUUGUUAAUGUCACUUGCCCUUCAAGAAAGAACUAGGAAAAUACCACGAAAAUACUUCGGAAGUUAUUUUAGACAACUCUUUGUUCCAAAUUUAUGAAUCGCAAUUAAAAUAGCAAUACCAUAAAAUCACGGCGCUUAAUGAUUUAGGCGUUUGUUCAGAGUUUUUAUUAGCCGUCGCCGUAGUUGAUGCUCGCGUGCGUAGUUAGUGAGCAUAUUUCUUUAAAUUACAAUAUCAUUGUGGUUUCGAAAUGUCUCGGUUGGAGUACUUGUUCAGUGUAACCCUUUUUUAUUUGUUGGUGAUAUCAAAUAAUGUGCACACUCAAGAUGUAUGUGUUAAAAAGGGUCCGUGUAAAUGCGAAUUUUCUAAUGGCACUGGUAUCGACUUAGCGGCUGCAGCGAAGGCUACAUUUUACACCACUCAAACGUUUGAGCUACAAAUGGGUGGUGCUGAAUAUGUCCUUAGUACAUAUUAUUACCAUCCUUGUUUUGAUGUGACGCCCAGUGUAAAUAGUUCAAAGCCCGGCACCGGUUGCGACAGUCCAUUGUCGCUAUGCCGUCAUGUGGAUAGGUUCAACUAUAAUAUAACAACCAACACAUAUGUCGCAGAUGGCGGUAUAUAUGAAAAAAUGGGUGUUACCAAUCUAUCUGAUUUCAGUUCUGAUGGAAAAUCAAUCAUUUAUACCAAUCUACCAUCAUCAACAAUUGUUAUGCUAGUCUGUGCCCAAUCUGAAGGUGAACUGAAUGUGUACUCGUUAGCAGAACCUAAUAAAAUUGUACUCAGCUUUUAUACAAGACAUGCAUGUUUAACAUUGAUUGAAGAAAUAGGGAGGUCUUUGGGGUCAACUCUGUUGAUAAUAUUCUUCUCCUGUGUCAUCUUCUACCUGGUCCUCGGAGUUUGUACCAAGAAAUUCUUGAUGGGAGCUACAGGUUUAGAAGUUGUGCCGAACCUUGCUUUUUGGAUGGACCUACCUACCCUUGUGAAGGACGGUUGGGUGUUCGCGAUCAACGGUUUCAAAUUGCCCACGCGUGGCGCUGGGCCCGUGACGUCACCGGACCCGAACAGCUACGACAGCAUAUAACAUCAGGACCUCACUGAGGGCCAAUUGGUACUCAUCGAGUAGACUGGACUGAUACCGUGUGAUAUGUGGUGAAUAUUCUUAGUAUUGCACUCUGUGGAAGGGAACUAUGGUCCUCGAUCUUGUGUAAUAUGUAUCAGUAGUCAUUUGGCCUUUUAAAUAUUUUUUAUAUGUUUGAUUUAAUAGAAAUGGCAGUCGAUUUGUAAAUUAAAGA